ACUAAUGCUAACUGUUUUUACAGCAUAUCCCGAGUUUCGUACAGGUCGAUACUCGCAGCGAACACGCCUUUAACCUUGGAUAAAGCUGCGGAAGUUGCGGAUCGUGUCAUCGAUGUAUCACCAUCUCCUGUAGCGAUUCACCUCACCGAUGAUAUCGGAACAACAUUAUUGAUGUUUGUUGUAUUCAGAUCUGCUUUCGACGAAAUAAAUUCAGGUAGUGAAAAAUAUUCAUAUGCAGAUUUAUUUACGCUCUUCAUAGAACGGGGAUGUGACGUUAAUGCCACUAGGUUGGGUAGUACUGUUCUUCACUUGGCAGUUAUCGAAAAACAAGAAAUUUUAGUGCGAAAAUUGCUCAUUUCUGGAGCUGAAAUCGACAGGCGUGAUGAGUAUGGUUUUACCCCAUUGUUCUAUGCAUGUAGAAGAGGUAGCCAGAGAUUUGUGGAUUUACUUAUAAUUGCUGGUGCUAAAUUAUGCACACAGAAUUGGAGAAAUAAUUUGAUAAUCUCUGGAAAUGAAGAAAGCAUUAAGAUGCUUAUAUAUAUAAAUGAUAAAUCCAAGCAGUGUCAUACGCUGGAAAACUUGUGUUACAUUAGUAUCAGGAAAAGACUUCAGAAUGUAGAAAGAGAUGCCUUUCAACUGGGUUUACCUCCAUUAUUAAUAAGACGCUUACAACUCAAAGACUGUUCUAAUUAUGUAGGAUGAUUAUUCUAAUUAUGUAUGAUGUACUGAGUUGUAAAGUUUAAUAAAGGGUAAAAUAUUGCUAAG